GGGCUAUAAAGCCGCUCACCCAGAGCCGGUUGCGUGAGCCGGACACAGCCAAGCAUUUCCCCAGCCAUGAGCGCCAAUGGUGUCGCGGCUGUGGCCGAAAGCUACCAGAAGUUCAACCCUCGGGCCUACCUGCAAAACAACUACAUGCCACCCCGUGCCAACUUCGCUAGCGAAGAGUUUGCAGUGCCCUGGAAACUUCGCUGCCUGGCAGAUGCCUUUGCCACAGGGGAAAUCUGCGGCCGUACCCUUAUUGAUAUUGGCACAGGCCCCACCAUUUAUCAGCUCCUCAGUGCCUGCGACUACUUUGAGGAGAUAGUGGCCACAGACUACCUGGAAGUGAAUCGGGCCGAGAUACAGAACUGGGUGCUCGGUGAAGACUCCAGCUGCUUUGACUGGUCCCCUUACAUCCAGUAUACUUGUAAGAUUGAAGGCAAUGGGGAACCGUGGAAGGAAAAAGAGCAAAAGCUGAAGAAGAAACUCAGAAGGAUCCUUCCCAUCGAUGUCCACCAGGCCAAACCUCUAGGUUCCUCCCUCAGCCAACCAGCCGAUGCUUUGGUCUCCGCAUUCUGCCUGGAAGCCGUGAGCCCCGACCGGCCGAGUUUCGACCAGGCCCUGCGGAACGUCACGACGCUUCUCAAGCCCGGUGGCCACUUCCUCAUGAUCGGGGCUUUGGACGAGUCCUUCUAUUUGGCUGGAGAAGCCAAGCUGUCCGUGGUGCCCGUCAGCGAGGCAGAUGUCAAGGAAUCCUUCGCCAAGAGCGGCUAUCGCACCCGCAGCUUCCGCUCCUACGUCAUGCCGCCGAGCCUGAAGAUUGGCGUGGAUGACGUGCAAGGGAUCUUCUUCAUCCAUGCGCAGAAAACAGCCUGAUCCCAGCUCGCCUAGCAGAAACACACACACAAGGCCCUUGCCCCCUAAAACCCAGCUUAUUGCAUGCUGCCCCUGUUCUCUUCUGUAUUGCUGCUCCUGUGCUGAUAGCUGGUCCUCCUGUUCUGUGGGUGCAAAUAAGUGUGUGUUCACGUCCACACC